AUGACAACCCUGGAGCAGUUUCACCCCCACAGCAGCAGCCAUCCCAUCGCUCAGGCGUGCUGGAGCUCCAACAAUCAGUACUUGGUCAGUUCUAGCACCGUUGGCGACAAACUUGUCCUGUCGAGCCUCAAAUCCUCUCCAGUCCCAGUGGUGGAGCUCGCUGAAGGGAAAAAGCAGACCCGAGUGUGUCUCAGCUCGUCCUCUCAGUUCUUGGUGAGCGGAGGUCUCGAUUGUGGCGUUCACAUCUGGGACCUGAAAACCAAGCGUCUGCACCGCUCACUCGAGGAUCACAAAGAGGAAGUAACAUGCGUCUCAUUUAACGCCAACGACAGCCACAUCGCUUCAGGCUCGACCAGUGGAGACCUAAUCCUGCACAGUCUCAUCACCAACGUCUCCAGCAGACCAUUCGGACACGGCAGCAACCAGCCCAUCCACGACCUGCGGAUGUCCUCGCUGCGGCGCUCGUUGCUGGGCAGCGUGUCGGACAGUGGGACGGUGGUUCUGUGGGACUCCAACACCCAGAAGGAGCUGCACGUGUUCGAGAGCGUGCACAAGGCUCCGGGCUCGGGGCUGUCCUUCUCCCCGGCCUCUGAGCUGCUGGUGGUCAGCGUGGGCCUGGACAAGAAGAUUGUCUGCUACGACACGGCCAGCAAGAUCGUGGUGCGCUCGAUCCGCGUGGACAGCCCGCUCACCGCCGUGGACUUCAGCGUGGACGGGACGGGUUUAGUGGUAGGAUCCACUCAGGGGAAGAUCUACCAUUACGACCUGAGGAACUCCAGCGCCCCCACCAGGGUCACGCCGGCUCACAAGACCUCCGUCACCAGUCUGCGGUUCCAGUGCGGCCUCAGACAAAAGUCCAGUAAACACGGCUCUUCUAAAGUGGGCAGCAGUAAAAAGUCUUCCUCCAGAGCGUUGGGCAGCGGUCACUCAGAGCCCUCCCCACAGCGAGAACUCACCACAGGUGGCGCUGCAGGGGAUCCCGUACUCACGCCACAGCCACUGCCCGUAGUAGAGAAGUUUAACAACAUCGGCAGAAACAGUCUGGACGUCUUCUCUCCGGUGCGAGACGACUCUCGGACUCUGGGCUCAAACGGAGACACGCCCCUCGGAAGAACCCACGUGGGCACUUUAGAGCUUCUGUCCAGAGAAGGCGAGGGGCAGCCACUGACGGGCCGGGCCAGUCUGGACAUCUUCUCCCCUGUUCGAGAAGACCUGCAUUCUGGCUCCAACUCGUUUCGUAAAACACCUUUGGGAACGGCCCUGGGAGCUUCGCUGGUGGGGAGCCCUCUGCUGGCCUCGGCCGGGCGUUACACCCCUCUACAGACCACCUUCAUGACACCACCCUCAAUCAAAGAAGAGGAACCGACCCACAAUGCACCUGAGCCUAAAGAACCCCUGAAGUUUGACAAAGGCAGCAGCAGCAGUUCAGAGACAGAAGCUGCACCGACGCCUGAGCCCCAAGCGACCAAUCACAGCACUCAGCCCAAAACCGUCCUGUUCUCCCCCGAGCCCAACGGGAGGAGGGGGGACAUCCUUCAGACUCACCUCAGCUACGACUCACCGGCUCCAGCUCAAGCCGCCGCCGCCGCAGGCCCUGCUCUGUCCGCUGCGGCGUCCUCCACUUUGGUCCAGAACAUGGCGGACACAGCCAGUCAGAACGGCGCUCCCUUCACCUCUCUUCAAAUGCACUUUAUUCAAAACAUGAUUCAUGAGACACUGGAGGACUUAAGAGACGCGUGUCACAAAGACAUCAUCAACCUUCAGGUGGAGAUGGUUCGACAGUUUUAUAUUCAAUUAAACGAGCUGCACCAUCUGAUGGAGCACUACUCUGUGAACGAGUCUCUGGUCGAAGAGGUUCAGAGACUCAGAGAAGAAAACCGGAAACUGAGAACCAACUACUGA